GUGUAAGCUAAGUGGUGUGGAAAUUGCCGGGCUUUUUACAGCUGGAAGGAGAGGGAAAAGAGGGAAAUAUAAUACGCAGGCGGAAGGGGUAAAGCGGGACGGACAGCCAUUGGCGAUUGUUUCGAGAUUAAGUCUUCGAUUUUUUGAAAAGAAAAGGGGGAGGAGCCAUGGCGAUUUUGAGCCUGGCAUUGGGAUGGAUUUGUUUUUAGGGUGAAGAUUUGUUUGAAGAUCUGUUUGACGAUUAGGAGAGAGGGGGAAGCUGAGAAUUCUUUCAAGGUAUUUGAUCACAUUUCACUGUUUGUGCUCUUGUCGGGGCGUUGUUUCCAACAAACAUUCAAACGGAUUUGGAAAUGGACUGGAACUCGUAUGACGAAUAUGAGAAGCUUGUAAUUCGGAUGAAUACUCCCAGGGUUGUCAUUGAUAACGAUGUCUGCAAGAACGCAACGAUAGUAAAGGUGGAUAGUGCAAAUAAAUACGGCAUUCUCUUGGAGGCUGUACAAGUAUUAGCGGACUUGAAUCUUAAUGUGAGCAAGGCAUAUGUGUCCUCUGAUGGCAGAUGGUUCAUGGACGUUUUUCAUGUUACGGACUCAAAUGGCAACAAGCUUACAGACGAUGGAGUGAUUGGGUACAUUGAAAAGACGCUGGCAAGGAAUUCGUGGAUUGUGCCUUCCUUUGGCAUGGAAGCGGCAGCUGAACACACAGCUAUUGAAUUAACAGGCACUGACCGCCCAGGAUUACUCUCCGAAAUAUUUGCUGUUUUGGCUGACCUAAAAUGUAACGUGGUAGAGGCCGAGUUGUGGACUCAUAACAGGAGGGUUGCUUGCCUGUUAUAUAUCACAGAUGAGGAAACAGGUGCUCCCAUUAAAGACCCUAAAAAGGUUUGCAGAAUUGAGGAGCUGUUGCGCAAUGUAAUGAAAGGGGACAAUGAUAUCAGAGGCCCUAAAACGGUGGUUUCAGUGGGUUUCACUCACACCCAGAGGCGCCUUCACCAAAUGAUGUUUGCUGACAGAGACUAUGAGCGCCCUGACAGAAGAGCAGAUGCAGAGAAAGAUGCCCUCCAUCAUAACAACAAGCCUAAGUCAUUUGUAACGGUUGACAACUGCUUUGAGAGGGGUUAUUCUGUGGUUAAUGUUCAGUGUAAAGACAGACCGAAGCUUCUGUUUGACAUUGUCUGUACCUUGACAGACAUGCAGUAUGUGGUGUUUCAUGCCACAAUAGAUUCCGAGGGUCCUCAAACCUACCAGGAAUAUUACAUCAGACAUACAGACGGGUGCCCCGUGAAUUCAGAGGCGGAAAGGCAACGUGUAAUUCAAUGCUUGGAGGCCGCCAUAGAGAGAAGAGUCUCAGAGGGCUUAAGGCUGGAGCUUUGCGCUGGAGACAGGGUUGGGCUUCUGUCGGACGUGACACGCAUAUUCCGAGAGAAUGGAAUGUCAGUGACACGAGCAGAAGUGUCAACGCGCGGAGGAAAAGCAGUGAAUGUGUUCUACGUGACUGACGCGGCAGGGAAUCCAGUGGAUUCUAAGACUGUAGAAGCCGUUCGCCGGGAAAUCGGAAUGACAAUGUUGCAAGUGAAAGAGAUCUCCUCCACUUGUGUGAAAUCUCCAGUAACAGAACCUCCACCUGCCCGAUUCUCCCUUGGCAAUCUCUUCAAGUCACAGUCCGAGCGUUUUCUUUACAAUCUUGGAUUGAUUGGGCUGAUCAAAUCAUAUUCUUAGAAGCAUAUAUUAGCUCCAUUGUACAGAACAGAACAUAGAUGGAGUUUGAAUUAGGGUUAGGGUUUACCUUCUUAUCUUGACAAGGUCUUAUCCAUAUAGACCUCGUUUUGGUAUUUUUUUGUUAGUCACACAGGAUACAUGCUGCUACUUUCCAUUUGGCUCUUUGGUUUGUAAAUAUGGAAAGGAAUAGCACAUAUUUGACUGCUUUGGGCAUCAUAUUUCUUUGAUCAGACUUGUAUUUUAAAAAGCAAAGAUUGAUUACAGACAGAAAGGGCUUGUAUUCAAGAAAAGGAUUUUAGACGAGGAGUCCUCGUCGUUGACACAAGAUUAGAAAAACAAACUUGAUACUAGUAGUUGUUGUAUCAUAUGUAACACUAUUUAGGUCCAGUCCAAUAUGUUGUACAGGAUUGUUUCUUCAUUCUUAAUAGGAUUUUGGACUUUAAUUGGCAUUA